AUGGGGGCGAGGCAGUUGCCGCGGCGUCUCCUUCCCAUACUCAGUUCCCCAACUCCCAUAAAUAAGUUCCCUCCGACCUUCUCUUCUUUUUCUUCUCCUUUCUGCUCGCUCUCUCCGCCACGGCAAGCCGAAGACCAGGAACGCCAUGAACUAGUUGGAAAGCUGCUGGGCCUCCUUCAGGAAGGCGGCGAAUCGGCGGCUUACCAAUUCACCAAAUCACUCGUUCUUUCAAAGUCUCGGUUUUCGUCACCCUCCGAUCUGCUCUCUUUCAUCUCCGUCGCUUCUCCAUCGUUGAGACCAACUCUCUCCCACAUGCUGCUGGCCAUAAGCUGCGAGUCCAAAAUGGAAGGCCUAGGUUACAGGGAAAGGAGGGAUCUUUCUCCAUUUUUAACUGCUAGGGAGUGUAUGGGGACGCUGGUGGAGAUGAAGCAGUUUGAAAAGGUGCUGGCUUUGGUUGCCGAGACAAUGGAGUUGGGUUUCAGGCUUGAUACGUUCAUGUACGGGAAAGCUGUGCAAGCCGCUGUGAAGUCGGGGGAUCUGAAGAAGGGUACGGAGCUUUUUGAGUCGAUGAAGAGUUGUGGAGUGCGUCCUAAUGUGUUUGUUUUCAAUGUCCUGAUCGGUGGACUGUGCAAGGAGAGGAGAAUCCGGGAUGCCGAGAAGAAAUGUGCAAGUGGAACUUGGCUGCUAAUAAAGUGA